AUGUAUGGUGCUCAAUCUGGCUCGAGGCAGCCAUCCUAUGCGCCCACGCCUUAUCAUUAUGUUCCAACCACGUCCUUAGCCGCUAACAUUAACCUCGACGAGGAGGUCAAGCUGGCUGACUCCGCGGCAGAGAGGGACCUAAUCGAUUCGCUUGCUGAAGUCUAUAGCAUUAUCCGCACGCUCGAUGGUCUGGAGAAAGCAUACCAGAAGGAUGCGUUGCCAGAAAACGAGUAUACUGAAGCAUGCUCGAAGAUGAUCAAGCAGUAUCAAAGCAUCUUGAGCGACAAGAAUGUCGAGCGUGAAUUUCGAGAUCUAGACUCGUUUAUGCGCGAGUGGGAUGCAAGCUUACCACGAACCGAGGUUUAUGCUCCUCAAGCCAGCCACGCUUCUGCCGCUCCUGUUGUACCAGCAGGACCUUCUGGUAGCCUCAUUCUUGCGGCCACGGAGAAUUUUAUCACCUUCAUGGACGCUCUUAAGCUGAACUAUGUAUCCAAAUCGACUCUACAUCCACUUCUGUCAGAUGUUAUCCAGUCCGUCAACAAGGUCACCGAUAAGGAUUUUGAGCACAGAGGCAAGAUCAUUCAAUGGUUAAUCACUCUCAAUCAGAUGAGAACGACAGAGGAACUGAGUGAGGAGCAAGCGCACGACCUUGCCUUUGACAUGGAACAAGCCUACAACGGCUUCAAGUCGAUUAUUAGCUAG